AUGACCACAGCAAUUGGUGAUGAGGGUUUGGCAGAGCUGAUGAUGGCUGCCGCGCCCGGCUGCUUCGACGCCGCCAUAGGCAGCGACGGCGAGGAGGGCAGCCCGGCCGGCGCCGGCGCCGGCGCCGGCAGGUGUGGCGGCUACGAGGGCGGGGAUGAGGGCAGCGGCCGCGGCGAGGGUGGGUGUGGCUUUGGGCCGGAGCGCUGGCUGCCUGGCGAGCAGACCUCCCCAGAUCCGCUCGCGUUCGGCACCCCGACGCUUGGUUGCGUGCAGCCGCUGGGGCACAGCGACGAGAGCACUGCAGACAGACUGCGGGCCCCAGCCGCCUCGAAUCCGCUGCAGCGGCUGGCGCUGCGCAAUGUCCCCAUCCCGCCUGUGGCCGACGGCGAGGCCGCGCUCGCGUGCGCCGCCGCGAUGGCGGCGGCUGAGGCGCGCCACGCCGCCGACGCGAUCAAGCUGCCCGCGGCGCGCUGGGGCGCCGCGCUCGGCGCCAUGCUCCGGGCCGCGGGACUGCAACAAGGUGCCGGCGCUGCUACUGGUAGCGCCGCAUCCGCUUCUAGUAGGAACGGGAGGCUGCGAGUGCUGACUAAGUACCGAGACCUCAGGCGCGCCUGCGCCCAGGGGGACGUGCCUGCAGUGGAGCUGUGGAUGCGUCAGGCGGCCGACGGACGGCUGUGGGAGGGCGGCGACUGA